CAGGGGAGGAAGCGCCGCCCGGCGCCCGCCCCUGCACCAGCUCGGCGGGCAGCGGCCGGAGCAGGCGGGAGCCGCGCCCCGGGGCCCACGCCGCGGCCCGCUCCCCCAGCGCCCCCACCCCGGGGCCCGGCGGCAGGGGAAUCUCCUUCAGGAAGGCAAAACUCAGUGUGCCUGGCCAUUCUUGGGCAUUGAAGGUACCGUGGCACUGUUUGUGGGCCAUCUACUUUGCAGUGAUCGGACUCUUCAGCUGCUGUUCUCAAAUCCUUUUGCCGAGGAUGGACGAGAGACCAACCUGAAAAACAGUUCUUUUGUGGACUUCGUCAUUGCCUGCUAGAAUGUUUCUUAUGAAUGCCUCUCCUUUGAUAGCUCUGCAGACAAAAUGGGAAUCCUUUGGACAAUCAAGGAGUUGUAGAUACCCUGUUUGCUUCUCUGAAUCUGAAGAGGAUGUUACUAGAGCAUCUGUAAGUGCAAAAGUUCAGAUGAUCAUAAACAACCUGCAAAGUCAAGAGUCUUCCCUGGGUAUGAACAAUGAUUAUGAUUGUAUUACACAGAAAAAACGAAAGGGAGAAAAAAGGGGUAACAGACUUGCAUCUAGUACCCGGGUGCUACAACAGCACACUAAAUAUUCCAAGCGUGGUUGCCCUGCUGAUUCUGAUGGCACAGAAGCGGAAGACAGUUCAGAGUUUGGGACCCUCCUGUUGGAUUCCGAUAGUGAUGAUUCUGUUGAUCGAGACAUAGAGGAAGCCAUUCAAGAGUACUUGAAAAAGAAAAGCAAGAGUAUCCAGCCAUUGCCAAGCAAUGCAGAGUGUUCAGAUAGAACAGAUGUAGACAGGAGGGUCAAAAGGGAACUCUCACAGAAUAAGGUGACUAGUAAUCUACUCCCUAUGAAAUUUAAAGCUGAAAUGGUGACUGAAGGCUUCAUUUCUGACCAUGUGGGAAUUUGUGAAAAGCUACGGUCUGCUUCACCUCUGAGCAUCAGUAGUGAUGACUCUUUUGAACAGAGCAUACAUGCUGAAAUUGUACAGUUCUUGAAUGAAAAGAAACAGCAAGAAACUAAUAAGUGUGUAAUUGUGGAGGAUAAAAACCUAGAACAGAGAGAAACUCAAGUGAAAUCUAUGUUUAAAUAUAACAAAGAAUCAGAUAACAAAGCAAAUCGCAGUACUUUAAAGCAAGGAUGCAAAGCACUCCUCUUAAGGCACCAGCCCAAACUAAGGAAGACCAGUGCACAAUCUAAAUGUUUGAAGUCUAAAAUCAGUGAAGAGCCUAGUGACUUCAGUAAAGCAAACCAGGCACAUUUUAAAAUGACUGCUACUAGCCAACCCUGGGUUGUCGAGCAAAAUAGAGAAAGUGAAGGCAAGAGACAUUUCUGCAAAACCGAAGGAGAACAAAUAAUUGAAAGCACACACUUAUCUGAUUCAAGUAGUGAUGAUGGUAUCGAAGAAGCCAUUCAGCUUUAUCAGCUGGAGAAAAUCAAGAAAGAGGUAAAUCCUACAACAGACUUCCAAAAAGGUGUGGCAGACAUUUCUGCAAGCUUAACAAUUAGCUCAACAAAAUGUGCAUUGGCAGAAGACCAUAAAAAAACCUUAAGCAGCAAAAGGAGGGAGAUGAGUACAAAAUCUACACAAUUUAAAGGCACUGGCAAUGAAUUUAACAAACUGUUUAAGCCGUUGAAAAAAGCCAGAAGUUGUGCAUCUCCAGUAAACAAAAUUGCCAAAUGUGAGCUCACGUUGCAGGCUUCUUGCAGAGCAGACACAUCCGCAGAACUGAUGUGUGCGGAAGCCAUCCUUGACAUUUCCAAAACAAUCAUGCCACCCCAAAUGGGAAGUGAGGACAAAUCAUUUGCAGCAAACCCUUUCUUCUAUCCCCAAAGCAUGCCUUCCUCCCACUGUGAAAGUGACAGCAGCCCUGUAGACAGCGAUGAUAGCAUAGAGCAAGAAAUCAGGGCUUUUUUGGCUCUCAAGGCACAGUCAGAAAAUCUUGUAACAAAACCUGAUAAUUUGUCCCACUCUGUCCAAAGGCCCUUGUCUUCUGAGCGUAACAGUGUAACUGGCGGCCUUGAACCUUCCCUCCCCAAAACACUGAAUCUAUCAUUGAGUCGUAAGAGGAGACUUAAAGGAGAAAGCAAAGUAGCAAAACAGAGCAUAGACAAUAAAACAGAAGGGAUGGAGAUGGGGUGUACCCAUGCGGGUUAUGGUAAUAGCGCCAAAAUGCUAGUUUUGCAAGAUGGGAGUGGCCUGAGCUGUCAUAGAAAAGCCUGUGAAGCUGGAAGGUCUGGUAACAAAGAAACAAGUCAGCAGCUGAUCUCUACAGAAUUCACUGGGCUUGUUGACAAGCACGUAGCAAACAGCCUGAUGCAGGGUCAGAGUAACACAAGAGAACUGAUAAAAAAUACAGUCCAGGCUCAAGAGAGAGAUGGUACAGAUGACAAGAGCAGUUCUCUGGACAGUGAUGAAGAUCUUGAUAGCGCUAUCAAAGACCUCUUAAGGUCCAAGAGGAAACUAAAGAAAAAGUCCAAAGACCAAAAAAUCCAAUGCAAGAAGAAAGUCAGAUUUGGUGACACAGAAACCCAGCUUUUGGAUGAACUCAGUAGCCUCCAGCAAAAGGACUGGAAAUGCAAAAGUCCUAUUCUGCUAAAAAGCUGCCUCUCAAAAUCACGUAAAGAUACUAAGGAAAAUGCAGUUAGAAGCCCCCAGAACAAUGUCAAUGGCAGGCUCUCAAAGGGAAGAUCAGAAAGCAUAAAGGACUUACCAUUUGCUUUGCAGUUUAAAAAAGAAUGUAAACCUAAACCAGUUUGCAACCAGAAUAACUUGGAGUCAGCUAAAAUUAAAAGAUGUUCUUUGACUGCCACUUCAGCAACAGAUGACAGCAGCUCUGUGGAUAGCGACGACAGCAUCGAACAAGAAAUUAGGAAAUUUUUGGCAGAAAAGGCUAAAGACUCUGCAAACAGUAUGGAAAUACGGAGGGAUAACUUAACUGCUGACUCAUUGAGAGUUACCAAACCACGUGCAAAUAAAGGAAAAACAAAGCAUCAGCUAAUCGAAAAUGAGACUAACAUGUUAUCGGGUCAGAGUAAAAAAACUAAAAAGGUAUCUCAGCAAAUAGAUGAAUUGAAAAGUUCUCGGAGAACUGUAGGAGAAAGUGCAAUAAUGCAUGAUGGUGAGAAAAGUGCAUCCUACGCAGAGAACGUGUACCUCCAUACUACUCUGGAGUUGAAGGCUGAGCAAGGGACAGUAUGGACUAAAGGUUUAGCUGCUGGUCCUUUGUCUGUAAAAGGAAAUCCAUUAAGUAAAAAGAGUACUAUAGACCCUAACCCGAAAAGCCUUUCAUCUACACACAGCAAAGGUGAUGGGUGUAAAUUGCAAAAUUACUUUAAUGCUAAGUCUAAUUCCAAAAAAAAUAGCACCUUUCAGUUAAAAAUUUCAAGCAAAUUUAUAGCUGGUCUAAAGUAUGCUCGCGAUAGAAAGAAAUCUGUGCUUUUAAACAAAAGGCAAAAUGUAGAACUUCCACUUCCCCAUAGCAGCACAUUAAGGACUGAGGUAACUCUCCCGAAUAUUUGUGCACUUGAACAAAAAAGUGGAGCACUGGUGCAAAAUGGGGACCUUGGUGGAGAGGGAAAGACAGGAAUAAAAGAAGCAAAUUUUACUCAGAGCCUCAUAGUAGAGGAGACAAGUCUCCAUAUAACAGAAACCUGUGAAAAACUGGAGGCUGCUCCUUUGCAUGUUAAAACUGAAGCAGAUGAUUACAGAAAGGAUAACACUUUGGGAGACAAACAGAUGUAUUGCAGCUCAGAUUCAAAUCCAGAUCCCCAAUUGCAGGAACCCAACAUGGCAGCAGUAAAUGAUGACAGCGUUAGCGUAGGAACAUUUAUUUUUGAGAGCCAAAACACAUACAUUAAGGAAGAGGAAGGAGAGAGCCAGCAAGACAGCAGCAGGCAGGAAGAAAUUAAUGUACCCAACUCUAGUUUGGAAGGUAAAAUGUUAGCCCAGCAAAGUAGGGAAGCUGAUCGUAAAGAGGACCAUGUUCAGGAAACUUUAGACAGAAGUUCGGCAGAAUUUAGUGACAUAGCUGUAGAGGCAUGUACAAGUUCCCUGGUGAAAAGCGAGGUGUCAGAUUUCUUGUGGACAAGGAGUGGGAUCUUUCCUCAGCUUGCCGUAGCAGCUUCUGAAGACUGCUUUGCAGGAGUGGGAGGUAGGCAGAGUUCUUUAAGAACCUCUAUUGAUCCUGGAUUGACAAUACAACCUUAUAUAACUUUAUCUCCAACACAGAUAUGUAAAAAUCUUACUUUAAAAAUCCAGAAUGGAAGGAGAGAAUUCCAGAAAGUGUGCUGCAUGUUUGAAGGCAAAAAGAAAGAAAAAAGAAAAGAAAAGAAGCCUGAUUUGUUUCUCAGGGUCGAAAAGCAAUGGAAAUAACAAAACAAUGCAAAGAAUUGGAAACAAUGGAGGAAAUGAAGACAUGCCCUGAAGUUCUAGAAGAGAAGUGGUAAAUGAGAAAGCAGAAGGCUGAUUUUUUUUCUAAAUUACUUCGGUUUUUCUUUGGAAGCCAUAUGAUAGAUAUUGGAAAUAUAAAGCCUUUGGGUGAAUUUCAGCCCUUGCUUUAUUAUACUUGUUCAACCCCGUUGACAGGUUAUAAAUGAAGGCAGAAUUCUGCCAGGUAUUUCUGUAUUUGAGAUCACCAAUAUUGUGUGGUGUAAUAGUGGAACUACACCAUCGACCUUCUCCAAAAGUCUUUGGGAACUACAAUAGGUUUUAGAUCAGGCACCAUAUAUUUGUAUUUGUUUAUUCUAUGUUCAUGCCUUUAUUAGACUUACUACUCAGUUUCAUAUUUCAGGUGUUUCAUUAUUGAUCUUGUUAACUAGUAACAAAGUAACCUUGCCUUGCUUGUAUUUUUGAAAACUUUGCCCUGUCAUGCUUUAUCAAUUCAGUUUUAUAAGACAGUAUAAAAAUGAUCCAUGUCAGAGUAAAGUUUUCUUAAGAAAAUGUUAUGAAAAAUAUAGGUUGCAGUAUUACCUGAACACAUCUCAUCUAAUAUACCAAAUAUUAUUUUCAGCCAGCUGCUGGCAAUUUUUCAUAGCUUUUAUUUAUAUAUUGCCAGUGUGUUGCACUGUUAAACUAGGAUAGUGUCUCCUCCACAAACAAAGUUCUUGAGAACUAUAAGUGGAAAUACAUGGCACAGUUAGAACUGCAAUGGAGUGUGAUUUAUAUAAAAUGAUGCCGUUUCAUUGGUUGUAUAACUGCAUUUGUUGCAAUAAAACUUUAGAAAAUAUUUAUCUAGGAUUCAUUGCCCUUGUUUGAAUAAUUCAUUAAGAAAUUAUAGUCUUGAGACAGGAAGGAAUAACAAAUGUUCUACAACAAAUCAGUUAACAAUACUAUUUAAAGGGUUAAUAUCUUUGGGAAAACAUGGAUCUUGAGAUAUCCUGGUCAGAUUCUAAACAACAUAGAAACAAAGAUUCAAAAAUUCAUUCAUCGUUUAGUACCAUGCAGUACAUGAGCCAAGAGUUGAAAGGAUCACUUGUGAUUGAAGAAAAGCCUAUUAAGUAUAUCUUUGUUGUAAGCUAUGUUAACUGAACUAUCACUUAAUUAUAAGUAACUAUAUGUUGACUGGAAGGGGUUCAGCAAGGAUUUCUGCCUGAACACCUGAAUAUCAUUUAACCAUAUUAAAUGUGUGUUAAUGGGUGUCUUUUUUUCUAAUAAGUUUAUUCUUGAAAUUCUAUAGUGAUUUUUUCCAGUUCCUUGGUGAACCAUGUUUGUGUUUCCUAGACAGAAGCUUUUGAAACUGUUGACAAUGAAAUUUCUUUAAAAAUUUUGUAUCUCCAAACCUAAAUUUGAGGGUUUAGCUACUUGACAAUCUCUCUCAAACAAAUUUCCCUGAUGACACCUUUUCUCAGCUUUAUGAACACAAUUCCACCUUAAAACUCUUAAUUUUGUAGUUGCUUUGUCAGAUCCUCAUAGGAAAUGUCCUGUUAUCAAGCAAGGUAAUUUUUUUUUCUUGCAGUGGGAAAAACAUACUUUAACAGGACAAGAUUUGACUUUUAAGGUUAAUGUGUUGGAGCAUUUUUGUUAAUCUGCUACCGCUUACUGUACUGUAGGAAUUAUUUUACGGACAGUUUAUCUACUUCUAUUCUUCUAUGCGGUAUCAGCUCAAGUUAUUGGUACCAUUUAAACUACUGUUCCUUGUAGUAGACAAGAGUCCAUGUCACAGAAGUCACCAUUGUAACUGGUACAGAUUGUGUUCAAUAAAUGUCUGUUCUGUAUUUAAGAAUAAAAACUGAUGAUUAUUCAUA